CGCCGGGGAGAGGCCGCGGCAGCCAGCAGCGACACGCGACCCCUCGAGAUGCUGGAGGCAGUCGCGCUGCUGACUGCGGCUGUGGUCGCCGCGGGCGGGCAGCCGUGGGCGCUCCCGGCGCUGGACGACGACGUGUACGACUUCGUGGUGGUCGGCGCCGGGUCGGCGGGCAGCGUGGUGGGCAGCCGGCUGUCGGAGAACCCUCGCUGGAAGGUGGCGGUGCUGGAGGCCGGGGGAGAGGAGCCCCGCUGGACGGACGUCCCUGGCUUCCAGGACCUCGGCGUGGGCAGCGACGCCGACUGGCGCUACAGGAGCCGGCCGCAGCGGCGGUCCUGCCCGCGAGGAUGCCCGGUGCCCGCGGGGAAGUGCCUCGGGGGCUCCAGCACCAUGGGGGACAUGCUCUACUCCCGGGGGACUCCCUGGGACUUCGACCGCUGGCGGGCCUCUGGGAACUACGGCUGGGGGUACAGCGACGUGCGCUGCUACUUCGAUAGGUCCCUACGAAGCUUUCCCAAAGUCGAUGUGGAAAUGUCCGAAACUUUAGAAAAUCUUCCGUACGUGGACGAGAAUGUCACGAUUCUUUUCAAGGCUUUCUUGGAGUUGGGCUUCGUAAACAUCAGCUCUGUCGAGCCCGAAGAAGGUGUGGGCAUUGCCAAGACAAUGUACAGAAACGGCAACCGCGUAAGUUCGCAUAAAGCUUUCUUGAAGCCGGUGCUAGAGUGCCGGUCGAAUCUACGGUUGAUUGCCUACGCUACGGUGACGCGGGUUCUUGUGGACUCAAGUCGAAUGUUGGUGUACGGUGUUGAGUAUGCUACACGGACGGGAAAUAUACGCAAACUGUUUGCUAACAGAGAAGUUAUUUUGUGCGCCGGUGCUAUCGGUUCCCCGAAGAUACUUAUGCUGUCAGGUAUCGGUCCUCGGGAAGUUUUAGAACCCCUUAACAUCCCUGUCAUCCAAGAACUGAUGGUCGGCACCAACUUGCAAGACCACGUAACUUUUAAUGGUUUUCUGAUAUUCCUUAAUGGAACUGCCCAAAUGCCAAGUCCUGAAGAGAGGUACCGUUACUUGAUCGAGUAUUUAUGGACCAGAAAUGGCCCGUUUGUUGGAACGGGCCCACUUCAACUGGUUGCAUACAUAAACUCUAGACUUGUCAGCGCCCAUCCGUUUGUUAACAUUCCAGACAUUUUCUUCCGCUUCGUUCCAGAUAAUCGCAAGGGAGACCCAUGCUGUUUCUACAAAAGAAUUUACGUUCGACCUACUGUACUACGACCCCGUAGCAAGGGUAGGGUGUUGAUCAACAGCACAGACCCUUUCCAGCCUCCAGUGAUUGUACUGAACUACUUGGAACACGAGCUCGAUGAACUCCUCCUCCUGGAAGGCACGUACUUCAUUCAGGAGUUUUUGAUGAAAUCUGGUACCCUGAGACGUGCUGGGUAUGUGCCACAGUGGGAGAUAAUCGAGGAAUGCCAGCACCUGAAGCCGCACACACGCACGUACUGGCGGUGCAUGAUCAGGGCAACCACUGCCAGUGGGUACAACGUCGUGGGCACUUGUUCCAUGGGACCACCUUCCGAUUCGUUUUCCGUGGUGGAUCCCCAGCUGCAAGUCUACGGCCUGUUGAACCUGAGGGUGGCCGAUGCAUCUGUCAUGCCGCACGCUGUGACAGGGGGGACCGGCGCUUCGUGUCUCAUGAUUGGAGAAAAAGCUUCAGACCUUAUCAAAUACAAGUGGCUUUCAGGCAACUUUUAUGGCGUGUUUUCACAGUGACAAUCCACGAAGGAAAAAUAAUGCUCAAUUUCAAGAAUAGUGCACUUUUCGAGCAAUCAAGAAAAUUUGUGAAUCAAAUCAAUAACAAAAUUUCAAUGUAGUGUAUAUUUAAAAUGAAAAAUCAAAUAAUAAAAAUAUAUUAAGGACUUAAAUACGCCUGUAUGAACUAUUUGCAAUGAAUGCACGCAAGUAUCAUCAUAUUUAUUGUGUGUGUGUGUUUAUCAACUGUCAGUGGCGGUAAUCGCUGAAGCACUGAUGCUAAUAACGUGAGGAUCAUUGGUUCGAUUCCAAUCUCUGAUAUGACUCAGCUUAUAAGCCCGAAGUUGGAGUCCAAGUUGUUUCGAGCACACUAUUAUAUACUUAGCUCUCUGUGCAUAACCAUGCGAUGGAAAACUCUCACAUUGUCCUUGUUAUAUUUUGUUAGAUGUCCAGCACGAUAUAAUUUUGGUUUCCAAUUUUAGUUAGAUGUUGAAAGCUCUUUACUGUAUACUGUAAUUAUUAUUGUCCCAUCAUAAAAAA